GCCGCGAUGGCCGCUGCCCGGCUGGGCCCCGCCAGGACCACGAACAGACUCUGGAACACCGCUCUCUAGCCAGUAGCAGCGCCUCUUUACCCCGGCCAGGCGAUGGGGAGCAGCGGGUCAGCGCUGAGGGUCUGUGCCGACCACCGAGGGGGCAUCAACUGGCUGAGCCUGAGCCCCGACGGGCAGCGCCUGCUGACCGGCAGCGAGGACGGCACGGCUCGCCUCUGGAGCACUGUGGACGGCCAGUGUUGCGCGCUCCUGCAAGGACAUGAGAGCUACGUGACCUUCUGCCAGCUGGAGGAUGAAGCCGCCUUCACCUGCAGCGCCGACUGCACUAUCCGGAGGUGGGACGUUAGGACCGGGCAGUGUCUGCAGGUGUACCGAGGGCACACAUCCAUCGUGAACAGGAUCCUAGUCGCAAAUGACCAGCUCUUCAGCAGCUCCUAUGACCGAACAGCUCGCGUAUGGACUGUGGACAAAGGGCAAGCGUCCCAGGAGUUCCGGGGACACCGCAACUGUGUACUGACCCUAGCUUACUCCGCUCCAGAGGACCUUCCCAGUGAUCCUUGCUUGGAGGCAGCCCUGGGUGGCGGCCUCCUGGUGACCGGCAGCACGGAUGACACGGCCAAGGUGUGGCAGGUGGCCAGUGGCUGCUGCCACCAGACCCUCCGGGGCCACACAGGAGCCGUGCUGUGCCUUGUGCUGGAUGUUUCCAGCCACACAGCCUUCACAGGCAGCACCGAUGCCACUGUCCGUGCCUGGGACAUCCUGAGUGGGGAGCAGCUGCGGGUUUUCCGGGAGCACCAGGGCUCUGUCAUCUGUUUGGAGCUCACAGAUCGGCUCUUGUACUCAGGCAGUGCGGACAGGACCGUCAAAUGCUGGCUGGCUGACACUGGAGAGAGGGUGCGCACGUUCCCAGCACACAGACACAGCGUGAGCGCCCUCAAGUACCAUGAGGGCACCUUAUUCACAGGCAGUGGGGACGCCUGUGCCCGGGCCUUUGAUGCUCAGACAGGAGUGCUGCAGAGAGUGUUCCGAGGCCACAGCUUCGUCAUCAACUGCCUCCAGGUGCACGGCCAGGUGCUCUACACAGCAUCUCAUGACGGUGCGCUGCGCCUCUGGGACGUACGCGGCCUCCAGUCGGUACCACCUUUGCCACGCAGGCCAGCAGCCAAGCGCAGCCUGUCACGCCUCUUUAGCAACAAGGUGGCCUGUGCAGCCCCGGUGCCCAUGCAGACAGCCUGAGGCCUGCUUUAUGUUCUUGGGCUUUCCCAAGCACGCUGCAAUUGCAGUGGCCCGUGACAGGGCACACACCUGCCCUCAUGCCCUCUUCCCCAUGCUCUGAAGUAGAGGCAAGGACUUCAGCUGAUCUGCCUCCAGCUGUCAUAGCCAAAGCCUGUACUGCCAGGCCCUUCCUGCUGAGAGAAGAUGGGACUUCUUACCAAAAGCCACGGAGCCAGAUUGUCAUAUUGGCAAGUAAUGUGCCAUGAGGACCCUCCUGAAGAACUCAUGUACAUAUCAAAGUGCUGUAAGUGUCGUUCUUUGUGUAGUUUCCUUUUGGAGGCUUCCUGUCACAGAGGUGCCCUCCAGUACCUGGCCUGGGUCAUCUCCCCUUCUGGUUGAGACGAGGGCUUGGGAAUCAAGGUCAUUUAUAUAGCAGUGGCCUGGACAGGAACCAGCUCUUCAACCAGCUGCUUGACAGGACACCCUUCCACUGUAGAGCACCCACUCCUUUUUGGAGGUUAAUCUAGGGUUCUCU